AUGUACUUCUACCGGGUUUGCUUCCGCUUUCAUAUGCGUUUCCUGGUCCAGAUGGAAUUUUCCAGGCCGGAGCGCCGGUCGAGAUGUCGGAAAGGAAGAAUAAAAUCGGCCGUCGCUGUCAAUGCCAUGUGCGCACCAGGUGGUCGGCGCGGAGAUGAUGUGUUUCGGUGGAACUGGCGCCGAGCGUCCUGAGUGAAUCUAAACACCAACCAUGGUAUAUUAUACCAUGGCGGCCAGGAGAUAUCGCAAGUUGUGAAUUGACUGCUGCUGCCAGUCGCGAUUUCGCAAUGUUUCUUCAAAGCGUGUUGCUGGCGACGUUCGCCUUCUCUUCGUCGGCCCUGGCCGCUUUCGGUAUCACUACUUCUGGCAACAAUAUCGUCGUUGAUGCGGGCUCGGACAACGGGCUGAAGGUCACCGUCAAUUCGGGGUCUUGUGAUAUCACGUCGAUUUUGUACCGGGGCGAGGAGUUCCAGUAUCAGUCCCAGUAUUCGCAUCUCUCGUCUGGUCUCGGCACUGCGACGGUGUCGAGCCAGAUCGUGAACAACCAAUAUGCGAAAAUCACCUGCACAACCUCCACACUAACCCACUACAUCGUCAUCCGCUCCGGCGACUCUACAAUCUACAUGGCCACGAACACGCAAUCCGAGCCCAGCGUCGGCGAACUCCGCUUCAUCGCUCGUCUCCAGUCCUCCAAGCUUCCCCUGGAAUACCCCUUCGGCGUCGUCUCCACCACCGCAGGUUCCUCUUCCACGGUCGAAGGCUCCGACGUCUUCGUCGUGAGCGGCCAGACAAGAUCUAAAUUCUACUCCAGCGAGCGCUUCAUCGACGAUUACGUGCACUGCGUGUAUCGCGACAGCGACGCCAUCCACGCCUGCAUCUUGCUCAAUUCGUACUCCUACGAGGGGUCCUCGGGUGGCCCGUUCUUCAGGGAUAUUAACUCGAAUAAUGCGGGGGAUGCGACGAAUCUUUACUUCUACAUGAAUUCGGGACAUGUGCAGACGGAGAGUUAUAGGAUGGGUCUGCACGGUCCCUAUGCGCUGGCUUUCUCGCGGUCGGGUGUGCCGACUGGGAAGAGCAUGGAUACGACGUUCUUUGCGGAUCUGGGUAUCAGCGGGUAUGUUGCACCGUCCGGCCGGGGGACCGUUACGGGAACAGCGACUGGAAUUUCAUCCAGCUUCCAGAAGGUGCUCCAUUGGUACAACAGCAACUGGCAGUACUGGGUCUACGCGGACAGCAGCGGCAAAUUCACGUCCCCGCCCAUGAAGCCCGGAACAUACACGCAGGUCCUGUACCAGGGCGAGUUGAAAGUAGCGUCUUCCUCUGUGACCGUCAGCGCAGGGCAGACAACAACGGCGAACAUCGCAGCGAGCACGCAGUCGCGGACCACGCUCUGGCAGAUCGGCGACUGGGACGGCCAGCCUACCGGCUUCCGCAACGCAGACAAUCAGCUCCGCAUGCAUCCCUCGGAUUCGCGCAUGUCCUCGUGGGGCCCGCUGACCUACACCGUCGGCUCGUCCGCGCUCACCGACGUCCCCAUGGCGCUCUUCAAGAGCGUGAACACGCCGCUCACCAUCAAAUUCACACUCACAUCCGCGCAAGCCUCCGGCGCCGCCACCCUGCGCAUCGGCACAACCCUCUCUUUCGCUGGCGGGCGUCCCUCGGCGACUAUCAACAGCUACAACGCGGCGACGCCCGCGGCGCCGACGAAGAUUGACAGCAGAGGCGUGACGCGCGGUGCCUAUCGUGGAUUCGGAGAAGUCUACGACUAUUCGAUUCCCGCGGGGACGCUGGUAAGUGGGAGCAAUACUAUUACGGUCAAUGUGGCGAGUGGGAGUAGCGGGGAUAUGUAUCUGCAGCCGAAUGUCAUUUUGGAUGCUAUUGAGCUGUUUCGGUAGACGUUAGGGGUAUCC